AUGAACGACAGUAUUGAAAUUGAUACAUUAAAAAGUGAAUUGGACCAUGAAAAAACUUGCAGAGAUUCAGCAGCCUGGCAAAAUGGUGAGCUUGAAAAACAAAUAUCAUCCAUUCACGAUGAGUUACGGAAGAGUGACUAUCCAUGGGAUCAUGAUGAUGACCUGAUGAAGGAGAGUGCCCGUCACAAAGUGUACUUAGAUACCAUAGAGACUUUGCGCGAACAACUGCCGGGCUUGAAAGAAAAAAUUAGGGCAGCUAAGAUUUGUGGAUCAGAUUGUAAACUGAAACAUGACGAUCUAAACAUUAAUUUGGAUCUCCUUACUUCUGCUGAACUGUUGCGUACGGUGAAGAGAUUUGAACGUCUUAAAACUGACCUGAUCAGCACUCUUCGCAGCAAGGAAUGGCGUCUAGAUUCUGAGUCGAAGUUGUUCGUGAGAGUGAACGACCAAAGAACUUAUUUACAAAACGAACUCAUGAUUUGUCAGAAUAAUAUACUGAGACUUCAGAAGAACGCCGGUUAUUGGCAAAACGUCUCCAGAAAGAACGACGAGCGAGUCUUGGACCCCAAGCGAGGACCUAUUAAGAAGCUCUUAGGGAACGAACGACUUCCACCUAUUGCCACCUAA